UAUUGCUCUCUUCUAUCUUUUUUUACACUCAAAACAAUAUAUUAACUGCUCUCUUCCUCUGCCUCUCUUUACUUUACUUUACAUACAUACCCUGAGAAAAUUAGCAUAACUAGUAAAAUGAGUCUCUUCUGUCACAAAUAUAGACAUAUCAUCUUCUUAUGCUUCAUUCUCUUUGCUUCAACUAAUUCUUUCUUCAUUCAUCUUGUUUUCAUGGCUGAAGGAAGACCAAUUUCCAAUCUCAAUGAAGUUGCAAAGAAUGGCAUGGAAGAAAAUGGAUCAAUGUUAGUAGAAAAGUUUCAAAUAGGGUCAAGGCCACCAAAGUGUGAAAAAAGAUGUACAAGUUGUGUGCAUUGUGAAGCAGUUCAAGUACCUAUUGUACCAUCUAAAGUUCAAAUACAAAGAAGUCAUCAUUAUUCAGAAGCAAAAGUUACUUACUCUUCAAGAGGAGAUGGUCUUUCAAAUUACAAACCUAUAAGUUGGAAGUGCAAAUGUGGGGACUACUUAUUCAACCCUUAAAUUAUUGACUCAAAAGGGUAACACAACACCCUUAUUUAAUUUGUUUUGGAAUAAAUACUUCAAGGCUCAAUCAAGCAGCAACUAUAGUAUAUAGUUUUAUUAUUAGUAAUUUUCUGUUUCUCUAGCUCUUGACAUAUAUUGUUGCUCUCACCUUGUAUAUGGUAGAUAUUUGGCAACUAUAUAUAUAGUACAUAUUAAUUCAUGACAUUUUUUUGCUUUAAAUUAACACUUGUGUUGAUUUGUUUGUAAGCAACUAAGCAUAUCAUAGCUAGCUAGCUCUAAAUAUUCUCCUUUAUUUCUUUAUUUAUUUCACUUCUUCAUUCAACUCAAAAGGCAAAAUCUAUUGUAUGGAUUCUUUAUAUUAGAAAAAAAUGCAAU